GUCGGCAACAUGGGAUUCUUGUGGAAAACUGCAAAACUCGGAAUUAAAGUUGGACUCGUCGCCGGCGCCGUCAAACUGUCAAUCGAUAACGAUAUUUGGUCGACUAACAAUGUUAAAGGCAGCGAACUGUAUCAAAAGCUUAAAAAGUACAUUCUUCCCGGCACCGUCGUCUUUCCAGAGCAGCUCCCAACAGUCGAAGAUGUGCAGCUGAAGGCCGGUGGAAAGUGGAACAGUGCUGUUGACUCGGUAUUCACCACAAUCGAGAACGUCCCAUCAAGCGUGAACACAGUGGCCAAUCGACUCAUCAAUAAUAAAUAAAUUCCCCAUAAAAAUUAUCGAUUUAUCGAUUUUCCCCCCGAAUCCUCGUGUAUUCCUUCGUUAGAAUGUACUUUUUCCCUCCUCAUUUUCUAGAAGUAUUUGUGUGUGUGCUCUAUGAAAAAAUUUGCAAUUUU